AAAAUUGUUCAGUCAGCGGCUCAGCAGUGUCAGUCGAUUAGAAGUAUUGCAAAGUUGUGUAAAAUAUUUUCGCUUUGUUCUUUAUUGAAAGCAAACGACCGACAUUUCGUAAUUCAUUGUUACUGCAAGUGCAUCCAAAGAGAUUUUUUUGAUACGAACGGUGUGCAACGGAACGAAUUUGGAGAAUGUUUAAGAAGAUCAUUUCGGAAAUUGGCGGAACAGUUGCCAAAAAUCAAACUGCAAAAGCUUAUGCAACACAAGCAUCGUUCGAUGUCAAACCUUUCAAGUUGCACAAUUUGGAGUCAGGACCAUCGACAAAGGCCGAUGUAACCAGAGAAAAAGCACUCGAAUUAUAUCAACAAAUGCAAACGAUUCGUCGGUUGGAAACAGCUGCUGGUAAUCUAUAUAAAGAGAAAAUCGUACGUGGUUUCUGUCAUUUGUACUCGGGCCAAGAAGCAUGUGCUGUUGGUAUGAAAGCUGCGAUGCGUCCACAAGACAACAUCAUAUCGGCGUACCGAGUGCAUGGUUGGACUUAUUUGAUGGGAGUACCGCCAACUGGUGUUUUGUGUGAAUUAACAGGAAAACAAGGCGGUUGUGCCCGUGGCAAAGGCGGCUCAAUGCACAUGUAUGCACCCAAUUUCUAUGGCGGAAACGGUAUCGUCGGUGCACAGGUUCCAUUGGGUGCUGGCGUUGCAUUCGCCUGCAAGUACAAAGGAAACGGUGGUGUUUGCUUAGCAUUGUAUGGUGACGGUGCAUCGAAUCAAGGUCAAAUAUUCGAAGCAUACAACAUGGCUUAUCUGUGGAAAUUGCCAUGCAUCUUCGUAUGUGAAAACAAUCAAUACGGUAUGGGAACAAGUGCUGAACGUUCAUCGUGUAACACGGAAUAUUUCCGAAGAGGUGAUGUAUUGCCCGGCAUUUGGGUCGAUGGUAUGGAUGUUCUGGCUGUUCGUAAUGCUUUUGAAUUCGCUAUUAAAUACGCCGUUGAAACAGGACCAAUGGUCAUUGAAGUGCUUACUUAUCGUUAUUCUGGACACAGUAUGUCCGAUCCUGGUACCAGCUAUCGCUCCCGAGAUGAAGUUCAAGGUGUGCGCCAGUCUCGCGAUCCAAUCAAUGUAUUCAAAGAACGUCUUUUUGACUCUGGUCUCGCCACCGCCGAAGAAAUCAAGAAACUUGACGACGAAAUUAAGAAGACUGUUGACGCAGCAACAAAAGUAUGCAAAGCAGACAAUGAAAUCUCUGUCGAUGAACUCUAUACCGAUGUUUAUUCAAAGAACUUGGUGCCACUCAUUCGUGGAAUUCUUCCAGAUCAACUUCACAAACACAAUUCACUCAAUAGAGCUGUUAACCUUUGAGUUAUUCGAUGCAAAAUAUUGCCAUGUAACUUAGAUGAUUUGCGAAUAAAGACAUUUGAAUAAAAGAAAAUAAAAUAUAAAA